GAGGUCGGCAUUUGAAAGAUGUUGGGUUAUUUUCGGAGAAUCGCAAGAGAAUGUGUACAAGGAAGCAAUGUCUUUGGAUAUACAGAGUAGAGAGCUAUGAGACUUUGAGAGCUUGAGAGCUUGUCGUCAUCAUCAAUCGAUUGAGAUGACGCUCCGCUGGCCCUCCGGGGGCCACUGCCGUGGAGGCAGACUAUUUUCAACAUGAUUACAUAUGCGUUCUGAUAUUAUACGCACAGGUGCGUUGUGUUGGACCUGGAUUCAGAGCAUAGUUUUAUCUUUGUGUGCAGGUUAAUGAUGUUUUGCUACUCGAAAAGCAUUCAUUCAUUGAGAGUGGCUAGGUCAAGAGGCUUGGCCUUCUAACUUACAAACUCAUCACAUCCUCUGUCUUCUACAGAGUCACAUACUUCCCAUAGUUGGGAAUGAGCUUACUUUCUCUAUAAUCAGACCAAAUCUCCAAGGUGGAUGACAUGGUAUCAUCACGAAAGUUCAGGUUUCAUCUAGAUUACAAUACCCAGGUGCUCAAACACAAUCCAGGCGAGCCAGGGAAUCUCUCGGCAAGCUUUAGAUAUUAAUCUAUUGCGUCCUGAAGUCCUUCCGAAUUCCAUGUAUACCCGAGCCUACAACCGCUCACCCGAAAUAUAUAUCCCACCUCACCACUUGACCCAGCAACAAUUCUUUACUUUGAGCAAGUGCUUCAAUUUCAAGAUCUAGUGGUCUGAUUGGCACGCUUGAAACGUUGUGUCGUUGAUCUAAUUCUACUCUUGGUUCGGAUAAAAUGGAAGAAACGUGGGGGAACAUAGGUGGGGUUAUACAGGAAUAGCAAUAUCUACAACUUUGAAUAUCAGCCUAAAUGCAAAGAUCUUGUCUUCAAUUACAUAAAACGUAUAACCAUAUAAAUUUGAGCUUCGAGACGUGCGAACUUUCUCUUUAUUCUUAUGACUGAAAGUUCUUGCAGUAGGGAACUUUUUGUUGGCACUCUUAUUAUAGUCGUACAAGUUACCAAGCUGCUUCUCUCCCAUUUACAACAUGUCUAACGGCAUCCUUCGCGUCAAAGGCGACCAAAUCGUCGACAACUCUGGUAAAUCAGUCAUCCUUCGUGGGGCGGGUCUAGGAGGAUGGAUGAACAUGGAGAACUUCAUCACCGGUUUUCCAGCCCAAGAACAUCAGCAUCGAGCUGCCAUGUUAAAAGUCCUGGGCAAGGAGAAAUACGAGUUCUUCUUUGAUAAAUUCCUAGAGUAUUUCUUCAUGGAAGAAGAUGCCAAAUUUUUUGCUAGCCUGGGUUUGAAUUGUCUACGUUUGCCAUUCAAUUAUCGUCAUUUCGAAGAUGACAUGAAUCCUAGAGUUUUGAAAGAAAGUGGGUUCAAACAUCUGGAUCGUGUUGUUGAUCUUUGCGCCAAACAUAAAAUCUAUACAAUCCUCGACAUGCAUACUGUCCCUGGCUCGCAAAACCCAGAAUGGCAUUCCGAUAAUCCAUCAAACUAUGCCUCUUUCUGGGACCAUAAAGAUCAUCAAGAUCGUACAAUAUGGUUGUGGUCGCAAAUCGCCGCCCGCUACCGCGAUAACCCAUGGGUAGCAGGUUAUAACCCCAUCAACGAGCCCUGCGAUCCCCAACAUCAUCGUCUCCCAGAAUUCUACACCCGUUUCGAAUCCGAAAUUCGCCAAAUAGACCCCAACCACAUUCUCUGGCUAGACGGAAAUACCUUCGCCAUGGAAUGGAAACACUUCACCACCAUCCUUCCCAACUGCGCCUACUCACUACACGACUACUCAUCCAUGGGUUUCCCGACCGGCACCCCCUUCACCAAUUCCCCCGCCCAAAUCGAGCAACUCGAAUCGAGUUUCCUACGUAAAUGCAAAUUCAUGCAUACCCACUCCGUUCCCAGCUGGAACGGCGAAUUCGGUCCCGUCUACGCCGACCCAUCUCUCGAGCCCAACGCCUCGGAAAUAAACGCCCAGCGCUACUCUCUCCUGGGCGCCCAACUACAAAUCUACGAUAAAUACCAAAUCCCCUGGAGUAUCUGGCUCUACAAAGAUCUCGGACUCCAAGGCAUGGUAACCACAUCUCCCUCCUCCCCAUAUAACUCCCUCAUAUCCUCCUUCGUUGAAAAGAAACGCGCUCUCCAGCUCGAUCUAUGGGGGCCCCCUGCUUCCGAAUCGUUAGAUAAAGCAUUAGAUCCGCUCGUAAAGUGGAUCGAAGAAAAUGCUCCAAAGGCCAAAGAAGAAUAUCCGACAACAUGGGGCAUUCAAAGACAGAUUUUGAGAGGAGUAGUACAAACAUACGCAGUGAAAAGUUUUUCGGAUGAGUUUGCGGAGCUUUUUAGAGGGCUGGAUGAAAAUGAAUUGGAUGCUUUGGCGGGAAGUUGGAAAUUUGAGAACUGCAUGCGCAGAGAGGGAUUGAAUAAGGUGUUGAGUGAUUUUGCGCAAGUGAGGAGAAGAGCUGAGGGAGAGUGAAGAAAUUUUGUGAUAUAGUGCUGUCGGCCAUACAGUAGGCUGGCCCCGUAUUCAUUUUGACUGCUUUUCUACAGUUGUGAUAUAUCGCUUGUUUCAAAAGUGAAGCUCGCUUUCCUAAACCUCAAAUUUACCAAUCGAGGAGGAAUCAAAAGCUAGCGCUUCCACCUUUACCACUCCAACUCCUCUGCUUCUCCACCGUCCACUAAGGUGUAGACAGAGCUUCAAAGUUGAUGUGAGGUAUAUGUAAUAAAAGCGAUGAGACUGCCUUACUACACGAACACCUGUGAAGUUGGCGAUCCUGCCAUUUCUUUAUAAAAUUGGAACAUAAUCAAUCAUCUUUCAUGCCCACAAUCGACCGUUAAAAAAAUGUCUAUUAUACGCUUGAACUGUUCCAAUCAUCCUCAAACCCCCGCUAGUUAUAUACAAUCCGCUGAUCUUUUCUCAAAGAACAAGAAAUAAAGACAUACAGUUAUUCGCCAAGCCCAGCCCAGCCCCUGGGAAAAUCUGCCCGUUUUAGAGAUCGUACCCCUCUGCUCUUUCUUUUCCUUUACGAGAAGUAAAUACCGUCUCCAGCUCAAUAGUGGAAGCCUCGCCUGCCCCGUUAUUAUCAUUGUCAUCUGUGUCAGCAUGACCAUCAUUAUCCAUGUUAUGUUCUCCAUGUACAUUAUCCUCAUCAUUGUUAUCCGUCUUGCCAAUAAGGGGCUGGUAUUCCUCAUCCGAUUCAGCAGCAUCAACAUUCGUUCCUGCACUAUUGCCCUCCCUAGACUCAACUCCCCCCUCAUUAUCUUCUGUCUCGCUAGCAAGAGGCUCGCAUCCCUCGCUUGUUUCCGCAACCUC